AUGACGACCACUGUAGACGUUGUUCGAGGCACCGAGAACCAAAACGUGGCGAUUAUCACCCUGAAAAACCCACCGGUGAACGCGCUCGCGCUGUCCCUCCUCCGCUCGUUUCGGGAGAAUGUCCAAUCGGCGCAAGACGACGACGCGAUCGACGCGAUCGUUUUACGAGGAGAGAACGGCAUAUUCAGCGGCGGAUUCGAUAUCGCACACUUAGGGAAAACAACCAGAGGUGAGAAGACGGAAAACGUGAGCGAUUUCAACGAGAUUUUAACGCGUUUGGUGGAAAACGGCAAGAAACCGUGCGUGGCGGCGAUAUCGAAUUUGGCCUUAGGGGGCGGUCUGGAAGUUUCGAUGGCGUGCGCAGCGCGCGUGGCGACGAGAGGCGCAAAGUUAGGAUUGCCGGAGCUGAAACUCGGGGUCAUCCCUGGGUUCGGUGGGACGCAAAGGCUACCGAGGUUAGUUGGUCUGGAAAAGUCGUUGGAGAUGAUGUUGCAAUCGAAAGAGAUUACGAGCGAGGAAGGCGCGCGGUUGGGAUUGGUGGACGAAGUCGUCGAAGACGACGGGAAGAGCGGGAACGAUCGAGCAGUGGUCGAAGCCGCGGUGCGCGUGGCGAAAAGAAUUGCAAACGGAGAAAAGCAGAGGCAAUUUUCGCUGACUAGGACGGAUAAGUUGCCGAGAGACGCGAAGCAGACGAUGGGGAUCAUGGCGGUGGCGGAAGGGAAGGCGAAGAAGAUCAAAGCGGUUUUACCGCACGCGUCGUAUUGCGUGGAGGCGGUGAAAGUAGGAUUGGAGAAAGGGAGCGCGGAAGGGUUGAGGAAAGAAUCGGAGAUGUUUCAAAAGGCGGUAAAAUCGCCCGCUGCGAAAGGAUUGGUGCACUUUUUCUUUGCCAGCAGAGCGACGGCGUCUGUGCCGGGGAUUACGGAUCAAAAGUUACGGCCGAGUGAAGUGAAAAGCGUCGGCGUGGUUGGCGGUGGUUUGAUGGGGAGUGGCAUCGCCACCGCGUGUCUUCUGAGCGGCAUGGAGGUGGUGUUGAAAGAGAUCAAACCGGAAUUUCUUCAAGCCGGUAUCCAACGCAUCGAAGCGAACAUCGGAUCGAUGGUGAAAAAAGGUAAGAUGAAACCGGAAAAGGCGAAAGCGAUUGUUGGACGCGUACGAGGUACCCUGGACGACAGAGACUUUGCGAACGUCGAUAUGGUCAUCGAAGCUGUGAUCGAAAACUUGGACUUGAAGAGGAAGAUUUUCUCGACGUUGGAAUCAAUCGUGAAACCGUCGUGCAUAUUGAGCACGAACACGUCGACGAUUUCCAUCGCAAAGUGCGCGUCCGAAAUGCGUAAUCCGGAACGGUUGAUUGGCGCACACUUCUUCUCUCCGGCGCACGUCAUGCAAUUAUUUGAAAUCAUUCGCGUGGACCAAACACCGCCGCAGAUUUUGGUCGAUACUUUGGCGUUUUCCAAGAAGAUAAAAAAGACGCCCGUGGUGGUUGGGAACUGCACGGGAUUUUGCGUCAACAGAGUGUUUUUUCCGUACACAAUGUCCGCUACGGUUUUGGUGGACCUUGGGUGUGACCCGUACGCCAUCGACAGAGUGAUUUCUAUGUUUGGUAUGCCCAUGGGUCCGUUUCGAUUGGCAGAUUUAGUCGGAAUGGAAGUUGGCGUCCACGUCGGCAAGAAUUUCAUCGAAGACUUCCCCGAACGAGUGUAUGAAUCGCCGUUGAUUCCUUCGCUUCUCGAUGCGAAGCGCUUAGGCGAGAAAACGAAGAGUGGAUUUUAUUCCUACGACGACCGACGCAAAGCUUCGCCAGAUAUGGACGCGAUCGCGCCUUUUAUCGAAAACGCUCGAAAAAAUCGCAAAGUACCGUUACCGGGCCACCCGGAACAACUCGGCUUUUCCGCGCAAGAUAUCGUAGAAAUGAUUUUUUUCCCAGUCGUUAACGAGGCGUGCAGAGUGUUAGACGAAGGCGUCGCGGUGAAAGCGGCGGAUGUUGACGUCGCGUCGGUUCUUGGUAUGGGAUUUCCUCCGUUUCGUGGUGGGAUUUUACACUGGGCGGAUCAAAUGGGCGCGAAGAAAAUUUACGCCAGAUUGACUGAAUUCGGCAAGAAGUACGGCGGGUUAUACGAGCCGUGCGCGUACUUAACGAAUUGCGCGCACCAAGGGAAAACCAUCGCAGAAGGACCGAACCGCGCGAGGCUUUAA